AUGAUAAUACGAUGUGGAAUCUGCCAUCAAUCGCCAGUUACUUUGAAUGGCCGGUUUUCUCUGGAGAAAAGCUUGUGGGAUGCAGCGAUAAAGGGUAGUCAUGACCAUCAUAACAAUUCGUCCUACCUCAAUUGUCCUUCUUGUAUGAAUUCUUUAUUGUUGAAGAAUAAUGUGAAAUACUUGGAUACCUUAUUGUUAAUAGAUGAAUCUAAAAAGCAGAUUAACAGAGUCCUUCGAAUGUCAUUGAAGAGUGAUGACAGUGCAAACAUUGAGUUUUUGACAGAGUACGUUAAUGGCAACCAAACAAGCGACACAAAGAAAAAUGAGGAGAAUUCUUCCGGACUCGCAACAUUAGAAUCUCCUUUAACCUCUUCAAACCAUGCUUUGUCUAGCUCUAUUGCCAAAGAAAUCACAUCUCCUGCAGAUUCCUCGAUUGCUGCACUAUCAGCACAGUUGCUUACCGUGGAAUCUUUGAUCCUUAACAGAAAGAUAAGCCAGCUACGGAACCAGAGUAAGGAAAUAAGGAACCGUAUUAAGACAGCUCUAAUGGUUAAAAAACAAAGACAUCAUGAUCUUUUGAACAAGAAAUUGGCUAACUAUGAUGCCAACAAGCAAAAGCUCAACGAGAGUUUCGAGCAGCGAAGGAAGCAAUUAAAAAGGGAAAUAGGUGAACGAAAAAUGGGCUUGACAACCGUGGAGUCACUGAUAAGCAAUGAGAAGGCUAUAUUAUUUCAGAACCUUUGCAAGUUUAUUUCCGUUAAAAAGUAUUUGACUAAGAAGUCUUUGAAUGAAGCGUCGCUGUUCAACAAGAUGAGAAGUUAUUACUUGACGAUUGGUUUCCAUCCAGUAUUCUCCGUUGGUAAGAUUAUGCAUUAUAACCAUAUCCUCGUGACUUCCUCAUUGGAGUUGAUUUGCCAGUUCCUAUUUUAUUCUUCACAUUACCUUCUGAUAAAUCUUCCAUUUAGCAUUGAUAUUCCCAGUAGAGAAGGCCUGUUUAAAUAUGUGCUCCAUGGUUUGAAUGAAAAUUUCGAUGGUGGUUUUUUAAAAAUCAAGGUUGAUAAGAAGUUUGUUUCAAGUCGAGAAAAUCCAAACUUUAUCGGAAGCAUACCACCGAGAAAUCUAUUGAUGAUUUUGAACCAAUAUUCCUAUGACGAAACCUUUAAUUCUAAAAAUACCGUCAGCCUCAAAAAAUCUUUGAUUAAGUUGAAUCUGGUGGAAUUGUUUGAAUUUUCUAUUCUUUUGGCAAAAAUCAUCAUCAACUUGUACGCCAUGUGUGCUGAGUUGCAAAUAGUUGAGAACGAGGGUAGCAAUAGUGCUUUCAGUACCUACAGUAACUUAUUUAAAAUUGAUGAAUUAUUAUAUUUGCUUGUUACAGGAGGUGCUGUGUUGAACGACACCAACAAGAAGCCCAUGAGAGUAGUUAGUAGCGAGAGCACCAUGGUACAAAAAAAGAAACACGAUUUGAAAGGCCAUUUGAAAGAGCAAUUGGCUAAUAAAAAGAGGUUGUCAUCUUUACAGGAAUUAUCUAAAACUGAAACCGGUGUCAAGAAGGAAAAAAAACUGAGGUUUUUGAAAUAUAUUUUCAAUGUUUCUGAAGAGAAACCAGAGAUCAAUCAAAAUAAUGGUGAAAAUAAGGACAAAGAAGAAGGGGCCAUUAGUAAGACUGAAGCAUCUGAUGAAUUGAACUUUGAAAGUUAUAUUGAAAUCAAGCUGGACAAUGACAAAAAAUUGAAAGAUUUUGAUAAUAAUGAUCAACCAAUAGAGGAUCUAUCAUUGGCUGAUUUGAGUUUCAGGAUCUUCAGAAUAUUGUAUAACCAGUCAUUACUUUUGAGUGAAGAGCGUGAAAAGAUUGAUAGCAACGAAGAAAAUCAAAGGUUGGUGAAAGAUCUUCCACCAGAGCGCUCCACAAUGACACAAAAUUCAAAUUCCUUAUCUUCAUUAUCUACAACGAAUCUCAUAACCAAUACCAAGAAAAAGACGAAGAAACAGAAAAAGAAGCAGACAAGCUCUUCUGAAUCUUCUGUGACUAGAAAAAAGACCACUUCUGAAAAUACCACCAAGGAGAAAAAUUCUUCACACGCUGAUAGAGAAAGCUUUAAAAGCGCCAAUAGUAAUGAAUGGCAGAUGAUUUGA